AUAACACGAAUCGAGUCCCGAACACCACGCUUCCUCCGCAAGUACCUCACUCCCCUACGCAAUGCGCCCAUCUCCCACAUCUCGGCAUUCCUGAUCCUUCACGAAAUCACUGCCAUCGUACCCCUCUUCGCCCUGACUGCCGCCUUUCACUACACCAACUGGCUCCCACCUUUCACGGAAUGGAAGUGGUUCAGCGAUGGAAUGACCAAGUUCGGCAGCUAUCUGCGCAAGAAGCGAUGGAUCGGAGAUGAUAAUGGUCGCGGAAGUUGGUUUGGAAAUGGGGAAAAUGCAUCGCGCAUUGUCGUGGAAAUGGCGACAGCCUACGCUCUUACCAAGGCACUGCUACCAUUGAGACUCGUCUUGAGUGUCUUGGCCACGCCGUGGUUCGCCAGAUGGACUGUACUACCUAUC